AUGAAAGUAGCAACGCUGCAGUUUGCCCCUCGUUUGGGCGAUGUCGAUGGCAACAUCAAGAGAGCCAAUGAGCUGCUCAAAGACGGGAAGGUAGUGCGGGGCGUUGGAAUUGGGGUUGGACUUGAUCUCCUGAAGCCGGAUGUUUUGAUUUUGCCCGAGUUGGCCUUGACGGGAUACAACUUCCCCUCGUUGGAGGCUAUAAGACCCUUCCUAGAGCCCGUUGGACAAGGUCCUUCAGCGCAGUGGGCUCGAGAAACGGCCAAACGCUUACAAUGCAAAGUCUGUGUGGGCUAUCCGGAAAUUUACACAGAUGAUGGUGCCCAACAGGCUGAUUCAACUGAUUCCAGGGAGACUUGCUACAACUCCCUGCUGGUGGUGGACGAAAGUGGUGACAUCGUCCUAAACUACCGUAAAUCGUUCCUAUACUACACGGAUGAGACGUGGGCGGCAGAGGGCGACCCGCAGCAAGGCUUCCACCAGCUCUCCUUCCGAAACUCAAAUCAAAGCUCGGUGGAGUCCCAGAUAGCUACCUCUUUCGGCAUCUGUAUGGACAUCAACCCAUAUCGAUUCGAAGCUCCCUUUACUGCCUGGGAGUUUGCCAAUCGGGUCCUGGAUACGAAGUCCGAGCUGGUCAUACUUUCUAUGGCCUGGUUAACCUUGUUGGAGCGGGACGAGCUCGACUCGCUCGGUGAUGAGCCGGACUUGGACACGUUUAACUACUGGAUCCAGCGGUUUAUGCCGCUUAUCAGGAAAAAGAUGGGCCAUGCAACCAAUUUCGACGGCGAUGAUGCUAAUCGCGGAAAGAAGAUUAUCAUUGUGUUUGCCAAUAGAGCGGGAGAAGAACCGGGCGCCGAAGGGACGAACCCAGCUCGAUACGCGGGCACGAGUGCUAUCGUAGCAAUCACACAGAAACCACCAUCCCGUACAUCAGGUAAGGAAACUUCUUCUAAAGAAGGAGACCCUGGUGACGAUACGGAUGCCGCUGAGACAGAUGCACCGUCAUUUGAUACACAAAUUCUGUGUUGGGAUAUGAUGGGUGCGACGACGGAAGGUAUUUGUUUUGCCGACACUACGGCAGACCCCAGCAUGGUGUUUGGAUUGGUCAAAGCUUCAAAAUGA